AUGGCCGCAGAUGUCCAAAACAUAGUCAAAACAAUCAAAAUCGAAUCAACAACAAUAACAACAACAACCAUACUCCUUCUCCUCAUCCUAUCUCUUCUUACUCUUCCGCUUUCUAUUCUUCUGCCUUUUCUUCUCCUUCGUCAUCUUCUUCUCCACCUCCUUCCCGUCGUCCCACUCGGUGUCCCCAGACUGGCAGGGUGAGUUCGCUCACUCUGGCAGUCUGAAAUGUUCGUUCCCUUUAAGACAAUCCGAGGAGCAACCGACCGGAACGGAGGACGGCGCUAGUGGCCCGGGAACUGACGCGCUACAAGGUGGUCAUCGCCGCACUCAGCAAGACCAGAUUCUCAGACCAAGGCCAACCAGAGGAGGUGGGUGCCGGCUACACGUUCUUCUGGAGUGGGCAACCUAAGGCAGAGCAACGAGACGCGGGUGUCGCCUUCGCCAUUCGGAACGACAUCGUGGGACGACUGCCCAGCCUGCCGCAGGGAAUCAACGAUCGCCUGAUGAGCUUCAGUCUACCUCUCCGGCGUGGGGGCAAAUUCGCCACCAUCAUCAGCGCCUACGCUCCGCCGAUGACCAGUUCCGACGCCGUCAGAGACAAAUUCUACGAGGACCUGCACGCCCUCUUGGCGACUGUGUCGAAGGAGGACAAGUUGAUUGUCGUUGGUACCUUCAACGCCCGCUUCGGCACAGACCAUGCUGAAUGA